AGGCGCUUUGAGAAACACCGGAACGAAAAUGAAGCUAUCACUCCCGUUGCAAGGAUAUUUUGAUCUACUGAAACAUCAACCUGGCGAGAAAAAGUUCGUGUGCAUCAACUGCGGCCGUCCCGUUUCCGGAUUGUAUCGCCAGAUCAGUACAACAGUGUUGAAAAUAAUUGACUGUGAAAAAUGUAAAAAGCCAGCGGACAAGUACAUCGAGUUUGAGGUGCUUAUCAUACUGAUAGAUUUGAUACUGCUGUCCAAACCUGCCUAUCGACACAUUCUAUAUAAUUCCGAUUGUAGGAAUCUGUGGAAAAUCGGCACCAUUCUCAUACUGCUCGAAGCGUACUGCUUCUGGACGGAUGCAUUCCGAGGCAUAACGAGCAUCAGCUAUCGUUCACACGUGAACGAUCCCUUCCUGUCCGAGAAAGGAUUUUAUCUGUCGACCGUCCAUUUUGUGGCUGGAUUUUUGCUGUUGUACGGGUUUAUUUAUUUGUUUACACGCGCCAUGCAUCGGUCCGUUCCGCAGAUUACGGGAAAUGGCAAGACUUACCCGCACAUGCUACUGCACGGAGUUAUUCUAGCUAGUAUAGGGAAGUUUCUAUUUAUUCCGAUCAUUAUCUGGAAGGAAAAUGCUACCGAAACCGGUAUGGCGAUCCAUAUUGUGCUGGUACUGAUGUACUUUGUGAUAUCGCUCGUACAAAUACACUCGGUCGUAAGUGAUUGUGCCAGAUCACGGUCCUGUUUGAUCGUAAUGUUAGCGUUCAUAGUAAAGGCAUAUUUUCUGACACGGGUUAGCGGAUUGCUACAGGAAUUUGUUUAA